AUGCCUUGGAACACUAAAUCCCAUCCCAAAAUGGCUGAGGUAGAACCCUCAGAGAAUUCCAACAGAACCCGAAUCAGACAACCAAUCUCAGUUCCGUUUGUUUGGGAAGAAAAACCAGGAACACCUAAAAAGGACUGGAAACCCAGCACCCAAACAGUUAAUCCAGUUGUACCUCUUCCGGUCAAGCUUGUUGCCUCAAUUCCCUUUGAAUGGGAGGAAAAGCCCGGAACACCACUUCGCCACUUUUCCCAGGCACCACAAGAAGUAGGAAUUCAACUCCAACCAGAAAAACUUAUUGAAUUAGACUCACCUCUGAUAAAAACUACAGAUAGUGGCGAUGAAAAUGGAAGUGAGGAGGAACAAUACAGGAUUUUCAAAUCAGACAUUGAUGGGUAUGGAUUUGAGACCGAUGGAUCCUUCUGCUCAGCUCCUUCUGUGCCAACCAGUUGCCUAGUAUCAAGUCUGGCUGUUUCUAAUGCUGUUCCUAACAGUGGCGAGCUGAAAUCACCUUCUUCGCCAGAUUCUGAAAACAGCUAUGCAACAGGAACAAGCCUAGUAGGGGAAGCUUUCUUGGAGUGUCUAUUUCCGCUGUUAUCAUCACCCCAUACCAGUUUCCUUGAAAAGCAUGGCUGCACAGAAAAGAGCAGUUCAAAUAUUCCAAGGAAAGUCCAGAGUAAAGAUUUCGACCGUGAGAGCAAUUGCAGUGUUGCAGUCAAAAGGUCACUAACACUCGGAGAGCUGCUAAUGAUGAGCAGCAGAAUAAGUUAUCGAAGAAAAGAAGUUCAAAUGCAACUCCCCAUGGAAACUAUGAAGAAUAGAGCAAUUGGACGCUGCAUCUUUAGGAUUAACAGCUGGAUGGGGAUUAGCCACUGGAUUGAAGGAUUGCAGCGGAAGUGGAAGAGGCAGCUGCGACUGAAACUGAUGUAGAAAAAUGCUCCUUCUCCCUUCCACUUCAUAAUCACCCUUCUUGUAGGUUCCCUUCCUGUACCAUGGCUUUGUAAACCGUUGGUUUACUCUUCAGCAAUGUUCUAAAACAAGGAAUUAAUCA